AGCAUGCCUCUUUCCUUAUUAUGCCUCGCUGUUGCUCACACUAGCUGCUGCUAUGCAGUCCUGUAGAAUGAGAGCAGGAAUUGUGUUAGGUUAGCUUUUGCUGACUGUCACGCUUCUCUAAACGCUCGCUCAUCUCUAGUCUGGCUAUUCCUGCCAGGGGAAGAAGGACAUCGGUUUUCCAGAGCUAAGCUUGCUUUUCCCAGAGCAGUCCAGGAGGAAAAGAAAGGGAGAGACUGGGGCAUCUUCCCACAAACCAGCCCACCUGCUUGCCAGUGUUUGCUCUUCCUGCCAAGGAUGACAUUCCAGAUUCAGUUCUGACUCCUCAUUAUGUAAGGCAGUCUAGGUCAAGUGUAGGAGAGAAAGAGAGAGAGAGAGAGAGAGAGACUCUACUGACCUGAACAAGCUCCGGAUUCAGCCUAAUGCUUCAUGGGAGCAUGGAAGUUGGAUUAUGACCUUUUGCUGCAUCUACUUAGUACUUCCUUAUGCAAGAGAAUAACUAGUAAUUAAAAUGUGCAGGAUGACAAGAUGGAGCAGCCAGUGCUUGUACCACCUGGUCCGGACAGCUUUCACUACUUCACUAGAGAGUCUCUUGCAGCUAUCGAACAACGCAUUGCUGCAGAAAAAGCCAAGCAGUCCAAACAAGACCAUAAAGACAAUGACGAAAAUGGGCCAAAACCAAGUAGUGACUUGGAGGCUGGCAAAUCACUGCCAUUUAUUUAUGGUGACAUCCCUGCUGGAAUGGUCGCUACUCCCUUGGAAGACCUGGAUCCAUUUUACGUUAAUACAAAAGAAAAUGAUCCUAACAAAUCACUGAAAAUGUAUAUUUCAAAGAUGACUAAGAAAGUUCCCCAGCAAAAUUAAAAGAAAG